UUCGCACAGUGAAAUAUACGGAAGUAUGCCCACACACACAACCCAGAACCAUAAAAAAAAGGUAAGAAUGAUGGCUGUUGUUUCUUCUGGUUUGUAGAACAACUUACUAGCUGAUCGACGCCACUAUCCGCCUUCAAAAAAUUACAUCUUCGUUGAGGAAAGUUAAUUAUUUAAUCGUGAAAAAACAAUUAAAAAAUGUCCACGAGCGCACGGCCAACUUUCGACGGAGCUCGAGGUGGUCAAGGUCGUGGUGAAAAAGAUCUCAGUGCCAUUUCGAAGCAGUACAGUAGCAGAGAUUUACCUUCGCAUACGAAAUUAAAAUACAGAGAACAUGGUCAAGGUACAGUGGAAGAGCUACGUACUCGCGACUUUCGCAAAGAGUUGGAGGAGCGAGAGCGGGAGAAAGAAAAACCGUCCAAUCGACGAGUCGCCGAGCCAGUGAGAGAAGCGAUAACAGCAGGCACAAAGCGACAAAAAGUGGAUCAAGCGCCUGCUGCGAGUCUGGAUGCAGACGAUCCUUUGGACGAAGAUGAAUCGGACUCUGAUAGUGACGAGGAUGAUACCGCAGCGCUUUUGGCUGAGCUUCAACGAAUCAAGAAGGAGCGAGCUGCGGAUCAGGCUAAAAAGGAAAUGGAGAAACGUCAAGAGGAAGAGAGGAUACGAAUGGAAAACAUACUCUCGGGUAAUCCGCUGUUAAAUUACACAGCUCAGCCAAGUCGAUCGGACAUGAAGGUAAGAAGACGAUGGGACGACGAUGUUGUUUUCAAGAACUGUGCACGUUCGGAACCAAAGAAGAAGCACGAAGUCUUCAUAAACGAUUCUUUGCGGAGCGAGUUUCAUCGUAAAUUUAUGGAGAAGUAUGUAAAGUAAGACUUUCAUUAAAUGAUUCAUUCCUCAUCGAUCAUACUUUGCAGUCACUAAAAUUACGAUAAUCUCUUGAAUUUAUAUACAUUGUACAUAAUUUAAUAAUGAUAAGUACUAAAUAAUUAGUUGUAUAUGAAAAUAAAGCGAAUUUUUGUGUAA